AUGGAAAUAACAUUAAAUAUUGCCUUAUUUCUUCAUCGAGUAUUUGGAUAUCGAGGUGUAAUAUUAUUUCCUUGGCUUGCAAGAGUAUUUGAUCGAUGUGAUGGACGUUCAAAUACAUUACCACCAUUAAUAAGAUCAACAAAACCAUCACAAUCAAAUAUACAUGAAAUUCGUGCUAAAUCAGUUACUUAUUAUCAAGUUUUAAUUGAUACACGAGAUAUGCCUCAUAUUCGAGCUCAAACAGAAGCUGUUACAUUUUUGGGUAAUCAAGAACGUGAUCGAAAUCUUUAUGCUAUACCAGGUCUUGAUUAUGUUGCACAUGAAGAUGUUAUACCAUACACAAGUACAGAACGAACACCAAUUGAACAUGAAUUAUUUGAUAAAUUUUUAUUACAUGAUUCUGAAGCAACUCCAAAUUUUGUACCACGUGAAUAUUUAAAAUCUUGGCAAGAACGACAUCAUCAUUGGCUUGAAUUAUCUGAUGUAGCAAAAGAUGUUACUCAUCAAAUACGAGUUACUGUUAUUCCAUUUUAUAUGGGAUCUCGUUCAGCUCAAGGUGUAAGUGUUCAUUGGUGGCGUUAUUCAAUUCGUAUUGAAAAUUUAAAUCCCGAUGAACCAGUUACAUUACGUGAACGUCAUUGGCGUAUAUUUAGUUUAUCAGGUACAUUAGAAACUGUACGUGGUAAAGGUGUUGUUGGACAUGAACCAAGAUUAUCAAAAGAAUAUCCAGCUUUUCAAUAUUCAUCUCAUAUAUCAUUAUCAGCACCUAGUGGUCAUAUGUGGGGUACAUUUAAAAUGGAAAAAGAUGAUGGAACAUUUAUUGAAGUUCGAAUACCACCUUUUAAUCUUGAAUGUAAAUCUGAACCAACUGAUAACAAAACAUCGAUAUAG